AUGCCUGGCGAAUCUAGCUCUGAAAAACCCGAAGCUGCUGCUGCAGCAGCACCAGCACCAGGAGCAGCCGGCGCAGCACGACCAACACCAGACGGAGCCUCCUCUGCAGGCGAAACGGCGGCAGCAGCAGAAGCAACGACAGCCACAGGCGGAGAAGGUACUGGUUCUCUACUGCUGCCUCAUAUCUUAGGGCUUUCCAAGUCAGGUAGGCGGGGACUAAGUCCCCUUCAGGAGCUGGAGCGUCAACAGCAGCGCGGUGCUGCGGGAUCGCAGGUUGAGGCCCCAGCAAGCAGCAACGGCAGCAGUAACCACAGGAGGUAUUUGUCGUUUGCAGAGAGGCAGCGUCUGCUGAAUUCCGCUCCUCCUCCCUGGUUUCCAAUGCUGCUGGCCCUUGGUAUGGUGUGUUUCUUCUCUAUAAGCCUAUCAGGAAUAGAAGGCGAUAGAGAGCUUUUAAAGCUGCUGCAAGAGAGGGCAGAAAUUCCUUUUACUCCCCAUGAGGCGGAAGAGGCGACACCUCGUUUUUCCUUUUCUGCAACAGAAGCAGAAGCAGCAGCAGCAGAACAAGACAAAUCGCUGCUGCGACAGACUCAAGACUUGCUUGCAAUAGAUUCUGCAGAUCAGCAACAGGAGCUAGAGUGGCUAGAAGAGCGGAUAACAUUGAGUGACAUGCUGCUGAAGCCGGUAGACUAUAAGACGCUGCUCGAGGAGGCGCCAGCAGAUCUGUUGCCUAUAAUUAAGGCGCUGCUGCAGCGUGCAAAAUUGCUGAAGCAGCAGCAGCAGCAACAGCGGCAGCAGCAUUUGUCUUUAUCUGGACGUUCCAAGGCUGCUGCUAUGCUGCAAGAGGAUCUCGUGGCUGCAGCAGAACUUACAAUCCUUUACAGGAUGCUAUUAGCUGGUGCAGCAAACAACAAGCUGACGCCGCAACAGCAGCAACGACUGCAGCAGCUUGAGUCGGUGCUGCAUGCAGUUGGCAGUAAACGCCUCAAGGAAGAAUGGAAGGAAGCUGUCUUGUCUUCUCGUUAUUUUCCUGAUGUUCAUGAUCAGCAGCUCUAUUCGCGUAUAAUAACAAUUGCUGCAGCAGCAUUCGACGACUUAAUGCAGUGCAUAGCGCUGCAGCAGCAAGCAGGAUCUGCAACAGCAGCAGGAGGAACAGAGACAGAACGUGCUAUAGCAGCAGCAACAGAAAAACAAAUCAAAAAACACUCAUGGAGGCUCACAACAGCGAGGCUCGAGCUGCAGCGGCUGCUGGAGGCAGCAAAGUUUCCUCAGCAGAUAGCAGAGGCAUUCAAGACAGAAUAA